GCGACAUUUCACAGCUUUCGGAACACAGUAAGACCUGAACGCCAUCCAAACGCCCAAACCCUCCGGGACGCCCUCUGGAUAAAACCGUGUGCCUGGAUUGACGCAAGAUGCUCUUUUUGCUUAGACGACACUCGUAAAAUCGUCCUUGCGCGCUUCCGUUUGGCCACACUUCCACUUACAAUCCGGGCUCGAAUAUAGCAACAAAUAGGGCCCCCCCGCCCAUGACGGAGUGAAUAUGACAUCCCUCAAGCAGUUCAUCCGCAAUGUGCGCGCAGCCAAGACGAUAGCGGACGAGCGGGCGGUCGUGCAAAAGGAGAGCGCGGCCAUACGAGCCAGCUUCAGGGAAGAGAGCCAUGACUCCAACGUUCGACGAAACAAUGUUGCAAAGCUCCUGUAUCUUUUCACCUUGGGAGAGCGCACCCACUUUGGCCAGAUCGAAUGUCUGAAGCUCCUCGCCUCGCCGCGCUUCGCAGACAAGCGGCUGGGCUACCUAGGCACCAUGUUGCUGCUCGAUGAAAACCAGGAGGUGCUCACUCUAGUCACCAACUCGCUCAAAAACGACCUCAACCACUCGAACCAAUACAUUGUGGGACUGGCACUCGUAACGCUAGGCAACAUUGCCUCCGUCGAAAUGUCGCGAGACCUCUUUCCCGAAGUCGAACAGAUCAUAUCCUCUUCAAACCCGUAUAUCCGACGCAAGGCGGCACUAUGUGCCAUGCGCAUAUGCCGCAAGGUUCCGGAUCUGCAAGAGCAUUUCUUGGAAAAGGCCAAGAUGCUGCUGAGCGAUCGCAACCAUGGCGUGUUGCUAUGUGGCGUUACGUUGGUCAUCAGCUUGUGCGAAGCGGAUGAAGCAGAGGGUGGAGAAGAAGGCGUGGUUGACAUGUUUAAGCCACUUGUGCCUUCUUUAGUCAAGGUUCUGAAGCAGCUGGCGAGCUCGGGAUAUGCUCCUGAACACGAUGUAACAGGAAUCACGGACCCUUUCUUGCAAGUCAAGAUUCUGCGGUUGUUGCGUGUGCUAGGCCGCAACGACACCGAGGUUAGCGAACAGAUCAAUGAUAUUCUCGCCCAGGUCGCCACCAACACAGACUCGUCCAAGAAUGUGGGCAACAGCAUCCUGUACGAAGCCGUACUCACAAUUCUUGACAUCGAAGCAGAUUCCGGCCUUCGUGUGCUUGGUGUUAACAUCCUCGGCAAGUUCCUGUCGAACAAAGACAACAACAUCCGGUAUGUUGCACUCAACACACUGAUCAAAGUCGUAGCGGUCGAACCUCAGGCCGUGCAGAGACAUAGAAACACCAUUUUGGACUGUUUGCGGGACCCGGACAUUAGUAUUAGGAGAAGAGCUUUGGAUUUAAGUUUUACUUUGAUCAACGAGAGCAAUGUGCGAGUCUUGAUACGCGAACUCUUGUCAUUCUUGGAGGUUGCGGACAACGAGUUCAAGCCUGUCAUGACAACACAGAUUGGCAUUGCGGCAGAUCGGUACGCACCUAACAAGAGGUGGCAUAUUGACACCAUGCUGCGCGUCCUUAAGCUGGCCGGUGCAUACGUCAAGGAACAGAUCCUCUCCUCUUUUAUUCGUCUCAUCGCCACAACUCCCGAGCUACAGACUUACGCGGCACAGAAGUUGUAUGCAGCGCUGAAAGAAGACAUCACCCAAGAAGGCCUCACUCUGGCUGGAGCAUGGGUCAUAGGCGAGUACGGCGACGCAUUGCUCCGAGGUGGCAGUUAUGAAGAGGAAGAGCUAGUCAAGGAAGUCAAAGAAGCUGAUAUUGUGGAUUUAUUCACCACCAUACUCCAAAGCGGUUACUCGGGACAGGUCGUCACCCAAUACAUUGUCACUGCCGCGAUGAAACUGAGCACCCGUCUUUCGGAACCAGCUCAAAUCGAGAAAUUGAGACGCUUGCUGAUGACGUACCAGACGAAUCUGGAUGUGGAAAUCCAACAGCGCGCUGUUGAGUACAGCAACCUUUUCAGCUACGAUCAGGUUAGACGGGGCGUUCUUGAAAAAAUGCCUCCUCCAGAGAUUAGGGAAGAGCAACGGGUGUUGGGCGAGGCGACGCCAGCCAAAAAGAAGGGACCUUCAAAGAAGAAACCCAGCCAGGUUACCGAGCAGGAUAUUCUGCUUGAUCUGAUGGGAGACUCGAGCGAGCCACCGGCGGGGCUGAAUGGUGCUCAGAACAAUGCAGAUCUGCUCGCAGAUAUCCUAGGCGGUGCAUCGUCACCUCUUCCACAAACGAGCUCGCCUCCGGUACAGCAAUCCAAUGUGGCCAACAUUAUGGACUUAUUUAACACGUCCACACCAUCCGCCACAGCCAGUCCCGCACCCACGCAAGACCUUUUUGGCGGCAGCAUGAAUGGCAUGGCUUCGCCCCUUUCGGCGCAAUCGAUAUCUUCUCCGGCCCCUCAACAAGGACUUCCGGGGCAAGAAGCCUACAACAAGAACGGUCUCCAAAUCAGCUUCCAAACUCGGAGAGAUGCAGGUACAGUCCAGGUGAUGGCACGGUUUAUGAACUCCGGGUCCACACAUGUAGGCGCUUUGACUUUACAGGCAGCCGUGCCAAAGAGUCAGAAGUUGCAACUUCAGGCAAUCAGCUCGAGCGAACUGGGACCAGGCGCAACGGCAACCCAGCAGAUGAGGGUCUCAAGUGUCAAUGGGCCCCCACCCGCCAAAUUGCGAUUGCGAUUGCGGUUAAGUUACUCGAACGGUGGAGGUCCAACGAUUCAGGAGCAAUUCGAUUGGUCAGAGCAAGCGUGAGACAGACACAUGUUACAUAUGCACACGUAAAAUAUACAGGCCGCGAUGGUAGAUUUUGGUCACACCAACCUCCACUCUGCUCGAAUCUAGCACAUUUCCGCACGUGGGCACGAGCAAAUGGCGACGACUCGGACAGGAAAGAGAGACGAGGAUUUUUGAACGGGCAACCGCGUAGCAUUUCGCCGCGUUCAUUUUUCACUUGCAAAAGCAAACGAUGUCUGACAUGAAAGCCGCGAACCAAAGAGCAUAGCGAGAGUUACAACGGAGCAUGUGACAUUUCCACGUAAAAGCUUCUCAAGACUGUUUUUCCCUUGUUA